CAAGUUUAGUUAAACGCGACAGACAAGUCCGACUGCAGUGGAGAUUAUUAUUUACUGUGCGAUCAUAGUUGUUAGGUGUUUCGUGGUUCCAUUUUUAAUUUAAAUUAAAAAUAAAAUACAGGCCUGUCGUAGACUUUAAUCUAUUACACCACCUCACUUAGAGACAUACAUUUUAUUAAGUAAUCUCAAUAAUAUCUAAGAAACUCAAGAUGAUUUCUGGCCGUGCUUUACAUUUUGUGUUCAAAGUCGCCGACAGGACACUGACGGCGAAAUUCUACAGAGAAAUCUUAGGAAUGAAGGUCCUGAGACAUGAAGAAUUCAGUGAGGGAUGUGAAGCUGCCUGCAAUGGACCUUACGCAAACCGGUGGAGCAAAACAAUGGUUGGCUAUGGACCUGAAGACACACACUUCGUAGUGGAGCUUACAUACAACUAUGGCAUCACACACUACGAAACAGGCAAUGACUUCAUCGGUCUCACAGUCCAGUCCAGUGAGAGUCUCAAGAGGGCUGCGGCUAACAACUGGCCCAUUAAGGAACAGAAUGGACUCAAAUAUCUUGAAGCUCCGGGCGGUUACAAGUUCUUCGUUGUUGACAAGCCACAGCCUGUUGAUAAAGAUCCAGUCGUAAAGGUGUCCCUCGCCAGCUCAAACUUGGAGAAGUCGAUAGACUACUGGAAUGGUUUGCUCAGUCUCAAAGUGUUCGAAAAGACGACCAAGACUGUUACUCUGGGCUUCGGCGACAACCAGGCGAAAUUGGAGUUAGUCGAUAUUGGUCAGCCCGUAAACCGCGCGAAGGCGUACGGUCGCAUCGCGUUCUCGUGUCCCUUCGAUGAGCAGCCGAUCAUUGACCAGAAGAUCCAAGCGGCCAAGGGGACCAUCCUGACCCCACUCAUCUCUCUGGACACGCCAGGCAAGGCCACCGUCAGGGUCAUCAUUCUAGCCGACCCCGAUGGUCACGAGAUCUGCUUCGUGGACGACGAGAGCUUCCGACAGCUGUCGCAAGUCGACCCCGCUAGCGACGCCGACCUCGACAAGUUCAUUAAGUCGGACAAAUCGCGAGCGUAAAUCUAAGCUUUAUUUCUCAGCUAUCGGGCAAGGGUAUAAUACUUUUUUACAUAUAUAAUUUUCUAGUACUUAAGUUAUUUCGCGCAUAGCGUCACAAUAAUACUGUUUUAUUAGCUCUUUAUGUAUACUAUGUAUGCACACACUCAUGCUCAUUGUUUUGCGUAUAUAGCAAAGCUAAUAGAUAUGAUGUUAUUGUACAAAUUAUCUUGCUUCAUACAAUGUAAGGCUACUAUCACCGUUUGUCUGAAGCAUUUAUGAUAUUAAAUAAUAAGCUUUAUGUAUUUGUUUUACAGUUUAUUAUUCAGUGAGCGGUAUGUUACAAAUUGCCACUUCAUUGUUGUGAUAGGUGUUUCUUAAAAUACCCUUUGAGAGUAGAGUAGCAUUCCAUGUGAUUUCGAAGUGGCACUAAGUACGUACUAAGUAUUAUUUUGAAUUCUGUUCAACAUUGUUGUAAAGUGAUAUGUUUAUUUAAUUUGUGUAUGUUUAUUAUCUAUUGUUGAGCUUAAGUACAGUUUUAAUGUUACAUAAAUAUAUAAGAAUAUAUAAAUUAAAUCACAA